GCCAACGGUGCUGACGCCGGACGGCCGUGUAGACUCGAUCUAACAUCAUUUUUCCAUCUACCCUUCGAUGCUUCCAAGACAAUCCGUUCGUAAUGGCUUGUAGAUUGAUGACAAACACCGGAAGCGAACACCGACGAAGCUCCAAUGGAAGUCCUUUCAUUGACCCACGUUCAGACUCUGUUCCACGCCGUCACACCGCAGACGCAGAGCAAUGCCCUUUACACAAAUGCACGCAAAGUGCAAAGCAAUGCGGCUGUGGCGGUUAAACACGGAGGCACUGUGCUUGCCCACAAGGCGUUCGACGAAAUGCCCCUUUCAAGUACUUUUGCUUGGAACAACCUCAUUCAGACCUCCGUCACCAGUGGAGAUAUAAGUCACGCGAUUCUCGUUUAUCAGCAGAUGCUGAUUCGGGGCGUUUGUCCCGACAAGCACACUCUGCCUCGCGUUCUGGCUGCAUCUCGUCUCGCAGGUGACUUGUUAUUUGGCAAACAGGUUCAUGGGCAUGCUUUAAAGCUUGGGUUACAGGGCGACCGCUAUGUCGGUACUGCUUUGAUUGAAAUGUACGGCUGGCUUGAUAGCGUAGGUGCUGCGAGAUCCUUGUUCGAUAAGUCCACUUGUAAGGACUCGGUUUUGUGGACUGUGCUAGCUAGGUUGUACGUGACAGAAAGCAAACCGCAGUUGGCUCUUGAUCUGUUUGGUGAGAUGGUGAACUCCGGGGUCCAAAUUGACUCGGUUGCAUUAGCAACUGCCAUUGGCGCUUGUGGUCGGCUGAAGUCGCUUCACGAAGGAAGAAAACUUCAGGAGAUUGCUAGAAGAUGUGGACUGGAAUCUGACGUUUUAGUUGGAAACUCACUAUUGCAAAUGUACAUUGAUUGUGAGAGCAUUAUUGAUGCUAGGGCAAUAUUUGAUCAAAUGCCUUCUAAAGAUGUUAUUUCAUGGACAACUAUUAUCCAUGGUUAUGUGAAGCAGGGAGGAUUUCAUGAGAGCCUGAAAUUAUUCCAGCAUAUGAAUAAAGAUGGAAUAAAACCAGAUGCACUUUCGAUCUCUACUUUACUGCCAGCUUGUGCAAGGAUGACAGCAUGUAAGCACGGGAAGGAGAUUCACGGGCACUUGCUCAGAAGUGGUAUGAAACUCAAUCUUACGAUUCAGAAUGCUAUUAUGGACAUGUACAUGAAAGCCGGAUAUAUCGAAUAUGCCCUUAAGAUUUUUAAAGGAAUUGAUCGAAGAGACGUCAUUUCAUGGACUGUGAUGAUUUUGGGCUAUAGCCUACACGGAGAGGGAAACCUAGCUCUUAGUUUGUUCCAUAAGAUGGAGGAAGAUGCAGGCGUUCAAAUUGACGAAUUAGCAUAUGGUGCAGUCCUCCAUGCUUGCGUCACUGCUUGCGCUGUCGAGGAAGGGAAGUUUUACUUCAACUGCAUUAGGAAUCGUAAUAUCACACACUGCACUUUAAUGGUUUCUCUUCUAGCUCGUGCUGGACUGUUUGAUGAGGCAAGUGCCUUCAUUGAGGAAAGGCAGAUUGAACGGCAUGUAGAAGUUUUGAGAGCACUGCUUGACGGGUGCAGGAUUCACCGUGAAGUAAGAUUAGGCAAACGCAUUAUUGAGCAGCUCUGUGAAUUGGAACCUCUAAAUGCUGAUAACUACGUGCUGCAGUCAAACUGGUUUGCGCACCACAAAAAAUGGGAUAUGGUCGAUAAGUGUAGAGGAAUGAUGAACGACAUGGGUUUGAGACCUCAAAAGGCUUAUAGUUGGAUAGAGCAUCGAAACAAAGUCCACACGUUCGGAACUGGGGAUGUCUCUCACCCAAGGUCUGAGAAAAUAUACUGGCAAGUAGGGCAACUGAUGGAGAAGAUGCAAGACAAAGGGCCAAUGCGUGAUUCAGAUUUCAGCCUCCAUGACGUGGAUGAAGAGCGAGAGUGCAGUCCCAUGGCACAUAGUGAAAUGCUGGCCGUCUCAUUUGGUCUGAUUAGCAAGCAAGCCGGUACGACUAUUCGCGUGACAAAGAACCACCGAGUUUGUGACGGAUGCCAUGAUGCUUUGAAAGCAAUCUCCAAAUUGGAACAGCGAGAAGUCAUAGUGAAAGAUCUGCAUCGGUUUUACCAUUUUAGGGAUGGGCUGUGCUCUUGUUGUGAUCUCCAAUAGAAAGAUUUUGCAUUCGCAAAGGUGCUGGCGAGAAGAGGAGUAGUUUGCAAACAACGAGAGUUCCACUUCCCAGAUCCAGACGGGCAAAGACAUGCAUCAUCAUUGGGGAAAUGCUUCGUAGUCCAGAAUGUGAAGCCGCUUCUUGCCAACUUUGUAAAAGAGAGAGAAACCCUUGAAAUUGGAACCUUUCUUCUGUCAUGUUUUCGAGGCCGCAAGUUGAGAUGAACUAAAAGUGUGACAUCUUCAUCGCACCGUUUCAGCUUCUCUGUCAUUAGAUUUUCCAAGGCAUGCUUGUUACAAGACGAGGACAGUUGAAUAAAUGACGCUCUUGUAAGGGUCAGUGUUAUCUCGGCCA